UACUAAAAUACCCUUCCCCGCCCUCAAAAUCCCUCCUUUCCCUCCCCGCCGCGAGAUGGAUUCCAUCCAUUUUUCCUCGAAUUAAUUGAAGAAUUUUUUUUUUAUUGUUUCGUGGAGAUGGAGAGAUCCUGAUCGGUGCAGUGGGGGAGUUUUUUUUCUCCAUUUUUUUGUGAUUUUUUUUAUAUAUAUUGGGGAAUUUUGUGCUUGAGUUUGGGAUGUGGAGGGAUUCCGGGGAGCCGGCCGACUCUUUCUACGCUGUUCGUCCAGAUUGCAGCGAUGUCACUAAGACCCGGUUCAAGAUCAAGGCUGGAAAAACUCUCAGCCCACGCAGGUGGCAUGCUGCUUUUAGUCCUGAUGGCUGCUUGGACAUUAGCCAGACGCUCAGCAGAAUUCAGCGUGGGGGUGUCCAUCCUUCAAUUAGAGGUGAAGUCUGGGAGUUUUUACUUGGAUGUUUUGAUCCGAGAAGCACUUUUGAUGAGCGAGACCAACUUAGACAACAAAGGAGAGUACAAUAUGCCAGAUGCAAAGAAGAGUGCCGUGAAAUGGAUUCCCUUGUUGGAAGUGGUAGAAUUAUAACAGCUCCAAUAAUCACUGAAGACGGAGAACCUAUUAAUGAUCCUCUAGUGCUUCUUGAAGCCGAUCAGGGUAAAGCUCAAGAAACUACUGCCAUGUUCAGGGAAGAAGCAAGAAAUAAUGUUAUUUUGGACAAGAAAAUAAUCCAGUGGAAGCUCACUCUACAUCAAAUUGGUCUUGAUGUGCUUAGAACUGACAGGACACUGGUAUUUUAUGAGAAGCAAGAAAAUUUGUCAAAGCUUUGGGAUAUUUUGGCCGUAUAUGCUUGGAUUGACAAAGAUGUUGGUUAUUGCCAAGGAAUGAGUGACCUUUGCUCCCCAAUGAUAAUACUUCUUGAAGAUGAAGCUGAUGCAUUUUGGUGUUUUGAGCGCCUGAUGCGUAGACUGCGAGGAAAUUUCAGAUGCACAGAGAGUUCUGUUGGGGUGGAGAAUCAGCUUCAAAGUCUAGCAUCAAUAACCCAAGUCCUUGAUCCAAAGCUUCAUCAACAUUUGGAAACGUUAGGAGGAGGUGAUUAUCUCUUUGCGUUCCGUAUGUUUAUGGUGCUUUUCCGGAGGGAGCUUUCUUUUGGAGAUUCCUUGUACUUGUGGGAGAUGAUGUGGGCUCUCGAGUAUGAUCCUGACAUCUUCUCCAUAUAUGAAGAACCAGGUUUUACUGGUGAAAGGAAUGAUGGUUCGAAAGGAAAAGCAAAAUCGAUACGUCAAUUUGGGAAGUAUGAGAGAGAAAAUUUGAAGAAUGGGGCCAAACACUCCCAAGGCCCACUCCCAAUUACUGUUUUCCUUGUUGCCAGUGUGCUUAAAGAACAAAGUGCGAAACUGUUGCAAGAAGCACGGGGCCUGGAUGAUGUUGUAAAGAUUUUGAAUGAUGUAAAUGGAAAUUUGGAUGCAAAGAAAGCUUGCAGCGGUGCAUUGAAACUCCACAGGAAAUAUUUAAGAAAGGCAAAGAACAGCCGGUGAGUUUAUUUAGUCCUUGGGACCAAACCGGAUUGUUGCCUCUACUAUCUGGCAAUGGAGGGAUUUUCAUAAACUGAAGCCUUGAGACAUAAUUUCUGUUUGACAAUUGUUGUUGUAUUGAUCAUUUGUAUUUUGUAACAUUUAACACUAUUCAACAUGCAGAGGGAUUUACACAUGCUUGCAAUAUUUACAAUUGGGCCAAUGUUCAAAAUGUUUAUUUUCUUUUAUUA